CUGACUGCUUUUUCGCGCAGAAUAACAACUCGUUGUUCUCCUCUCUCCCACUGUUUGCAUAAGAAAAAUAAUCGAGUUUUUUGAAGAGGAGAAGAGCUCAUCGACAUUUCAAUGGCUUGUUAUUUUUCGAUUAGUAUUCGGAUGGGAAAAAGUGUGAAGGCUUCAUACUGCUACCAACAAGCACUUACUUGCUAGGUAGUUUUAAUUUACAAGACACAUGAGGGUGUGCGUGUGGGUGUGGAUGCGGGUGUGGAUGCGGGUGUGGAUGCGGGUGUGGAUGCGGGUGUGGAUGCGGGUGUGGAUGCGGGUGGUGUGGGUGUGGGUGUGGGUGUGGGUGUGGGUGGGUGUGGAUGUGGGUGUUGUUAUUCUUCUACGCCACACUUAACCCACACCCACACCCUAAAUGAAAAUGGUUAAAAAAAAAAGACAUUUUUGAAAACAUGAGGUUUUAUUUUUUUUAUUUAAGGUUUAAAAACAUUUUUAAAAAAUGUUGAUUCAAUAUUUACAUGUAUUGCCAAUCGACAAUUAGAUCGUUUAUUUUCAAUGCGUGAUUCAUAUAAAUUUGUUGAUCAUCUUAUAAAUUGUUUUCAACAAAAGAAAAUUGCUAUUGAACGUAAUCGUUUGCAACAAAAAGAAUUAGAAGAAAAAGCAUCAAAUUCUUUAAAAGAAGAACAACAAUUAAAAGAGAAAUUAGAUGUAUUAAUUUUAUAUACAAAACAACUUAAAGAACAGGUAGCAAAGAAAGUUUCGGUGAAAAAAUGUCAAAAUCGACGUAUCAAUAUAAUGGGCGAAAUCAAUAGAUUAUAA